AUGGCCUCGGAUCUUGCUGUGAGCAAGGAGGGUCUCUCAAUCCCCCUCAUUGAUUUCUCCCUUUUCCUUAACGGAACCCCUUCUGAACGUAAUAACACUGCAAAUGCCAUUCUCGAAGGCUUCAAAACUGCUGGCUUCAUCUACCUCAAGAACCAUCCCGUUUCUCCAAAAGACUUGCAGCAUGCAUUUGACAUGUCUGCCCGCUGGUUCGAUCAACCUCUCGAAUCAAAAAUGAAAGUUGUUUGGACAACACCAGAAGCCAACCGAGGCUACUCAGCUCCUGGCAGAGAGAAAGUCAGCCAACUCACCGAUCUGGCCGACGUUGAAAAGAUGCGCGCUGCUUUGCCAGAUAUAAAGGAGAGUCUCGAGAUUGGUCGUGAAAACGAAGCUGGACAUCCGAAUUAUUGGCUUGAAGAGAGUGGCGAGCUUGUAGGUUUCCGAAAGGACAUGCUUGGGUUCUUCGAGCAGUGUCGCCAGUUGCACGUCGAGGUGAUGAAAGCCAUCGCUGUUGGCAUGGGCCUUGACGAUGGUUUCUUUGACGGUUUUGUUGACGUUGGGGAUAAUACACUGCGGUUGUUGCACUAUCCGUCAGUUCAGUCUGACGUCUUCAAGAUGAACCCAGGAACUGUCAGAGCUGGAGAGCACAGUGACUAUGGCUCAAUCACUCUCCUGUUUCAAGACGCUCGAGGUGGACUACAAGUCAAAAGCCCGACGGGUCAAUUCGUCGAUGCAACGCCUAUCGAAGGUACUGUGGUUGUUAACGCUGGCGAUUUACUCGCUAGAUGGAGUAACGAUAUGAUCAAGAGUACUAUUCACAGAGUUGUUGAACCACCACAGAAGGAGGCAGAAUCUUAUCCCCCGCGCUACAGCAUUGCAUACUUUUGCAACCCCAACUUCAAAAGUUUCAUCGAGGCUAUUCCGGGGACAUUUGAGACGGAGAAGGAUAAGAAGUAUGAUGGUAUCAACAGUGGUGAUUACCUUGUUCAGAGAUUGACUGCUACGUACUGA